AUGAUAUUACAAGACAGAGAGAAUGUCUCCCCUCUCAUCAUUUUCCUAAGAAUCAGACUUAAGUAUGCCCUAACAGGAGAUGAAGUAAAGAAGAUCUGCAUGCAGCGGUUCAUUAAGAUUGAUGGCAAGGUCCGAACCGAUAUAACCUACCCUGCUGGCUUUAUGGAUGUCAUCAGCAUUGAUAAGACAGGAGAGAAUUGCCGUCUGGUCUAUGACACCAAGGGUCGCUUUGCUGUUCAUCGUAUAACACCUGAGGAGGCCAAGUACAGGCUGUGCAAAGUGCGGAAGAUCUUUGUGGGCACAAAGGGAAUCCCUCAUCUGGUGACCCAUGAUGCUCGUACCAUCCGCUACCCCGAUCCCUUCAUCAAGGUGAACGACACCAUUCAGAUUGAUUUGGAAUCUGGCAAAAUUACCGGUUUCAUCAAGUUUGACACAGGUAACCUGUGUAUGAUCACCGGAGGUGCCAACCUGGGAAGAAUUGGUGUGAUCACCAACAGAGAGAAACAUCCUGGUUCUUUUGACGUAGUUCAUGUCAAAGAUACCACUGGAAAUAGCUUUGCCACCCGGCUCUCCAAUAUUUUUGUUAUCGGCAAAGGCAACAAACCAUGGAUUUCCCUUCCCCAUGGAAAGGGUAUUCGCCUCACCAUUGCUGAAGAGAGAGACAAGAGACUGGCGGCCAAACAGUUGGUGAAAUGAACUGACGUGACAUGAUUAGAAGAGUCUUUGUACUUAAUUAAAGAUAAUGCAGCA